AUGGCACAUUCUGACCUACAGCAGCUUUGGAAUACCUCAUGGACACUGCACCGUCUUUCUCCCCUGCACCAUGGGAAAGAAUUCCAUUCCCUUCUUGGCAAUCAGGCCGCUCUGAGAACUUAUGCUAGCAGAUUGAGGGUUCAGCUCGCAGGGGAUCUAUUUUCUAGUGCCCACACUCCAUUAAAUGCAGCUGGCGCUGUGGAUGAUGAUAUCUUCUCCAGAACAGGACCUCUGAAAGACUGCGUCUGGGAAACGUUAUCGGCACCCUCAACACAAGCUACAUCGGAGAAACUUUCCGGGAUACUGGUGACUCUAGAGUACGAAAACAUCACCUAUAAAGCUGCUCUCCUCGCAGCACCAGAUGGCCGUCGCAUCUCGGCAAGGCGACAACAGUCCACUCAGCUCCCGCUCCUACUGACGCGGUUCCCAAAUCCACUGCGGCAGACCUUCAUCUCUUUCUUGUCUGCUAAUUUUGACACUUACUGCUCUGUUCUUCGCUUGCCCUCAACUUUCAUGUAUACGGCCCUAGGGAUGUACAUCGAUAUGCUGAUGGCAGGAGACCAUGACGGGGCUUCCGACUCUUAUCGGAUGUUCGAAGAUACCAUCAAGGAAACGCAGCUUACGUUGUCCUUUGCGCCGCCCGUUGCGCCGGCUCUGAGAUCCCUCAACAUCAAUCUUCCGCGCGGUUCCUUCAUGGACUUUGUGCGCAAAAGCAAUUCAAACAGCGGGUCGACUCACCAGAAGGUUUCUGUCUUAACAGGCCUAUCCACCUACCUAGAGAAGCACUUGGCGAUGAAGCUGAAUCUGGGAGAUCUGGCUCACUCGGUCAAUCAACCCGUGCGUCUGACUAAAAUAGCAUGUGGCAGCUUCGUCCUCGGCAGUGAAGGUAAAAUGAAGCUGGUCGCGCCGUCGGGACAAGCUGGCUCCAGCUCUGAAGAUGGUGCUACUGCAGCUCGUGAGAGCAAGGAUAGUCUGCUAUUGCGGGCGAAUGAGGCACUGCUCCAAGCUGUUAUACGUCGAGCUGCUAUGAGCGGUGAUGAGCAGACAUGA